GAGAAUAUGGACGAAUUACUCAGUGCCUUUGAUUUAGGGUUUCGCCGGACGUAUUGAAUUCCUCUGUGUUUCCUGUUUGUUCGAUGGCUUCAAGUUGAAUUAGGAAUUAGAGGAGUGCUUGAUGCUUCGUGCCUUAGCGGUGCUUGGUCAUGCCUUCUAAUCGUGGUUAGCAGCAGAGGCUGAGGAAAAUUUCGUGCCGUGGAAUGUAUUGAUCGGUUGGGGGGAUUGAAAUCUAGGGUUUUCGUAUCAGCGGAACCAUCUCAUUGAGUCGGGUUAGGGGAUUUUUGCAAAAUGGGUUACAAGGCGGCGGUGAAAGUGUUUAAGCAAUGGAAAAUUCUCCGCGGCGACAAGGUGAUGCUCAUGGCAGGAAAGGAUGCAGGGCUCACGGGGACUGUCAUGAAAGUGAUUCGCUCUCAGAAUCGCGUCAUUGUCGAAGGACGGAAUCUGGUUAAAAAACAUAUCAAAAGGACAGAAGGAAACCCUGGGGGGAUCAUAACCAUGGAGGCUCCCUUGCACGUCUCUAAUGUGCAGUUGGUCGACCCUGUCAAUGGUGCUCCCUGCCGAGUUGCUUAUAGAUUCUUGGAGGACGGAACUAAGGUUCGAGUUUCAACUGGAGGUUCAGCAUCAGGCAGCAUCAUACCGCGUCCUGCAAUAUUGCUCGAAAGACGGAAACCACGACCUACUAUAGCUGGGUUGAAGGACACAUCCAAAGAGGUGGUUUUAGAGAGGACUAUCGGUACAGUGGAAGGAAAGCCUGGGCUUCCGCAGCUUUUGAAUUGAGGUGGGGAUUUGAUUAGUUUACGUCUCUCGUCCAGACUUUUGACAUACUGGUGGACGCGGUAAGGCGGAGGAGGUCAACAUGUUAGUUAGAGGAGAACAUGGCUCUGACCUCCGACCUAAAUCUUGAAGCUGAUUAUUGUAGAAUGAGGCGGUCCUUGCAGAAUGGUUUGUAGGCUUGUAUUUCAUUGCACUGUCGAGCUUUAUAAGCCACAUCUCAAAAUUAUUUGGUUGUUGAUUUAAUGCGAUUGGACUCUGUCGUUGCAGUUUUGUCAAAGA